CGAAGAAGACAUAUUUUUGCACAUUUAAUCCAGAAUGUCGGAGUUCGUAAAAGUGGCAAUUAACGAACGCCUUUGGGAGUUCCCCGACAUAUACGAGUUCGUUUGUUUUCUGGGUGGCGGUUCCUUUGGCCAGGUGGCUAAGGUGAGACUACGAGGCACCGAAAAUUACGUCGCUAUGAAAAGGCUUAUGCACCCAUUCGAGAGGGAGGAGGAUGCUAAGGGUGCCUAUCGCGAGAUCCGUCUGCUGAAGCACAUGAAUCAUCGAAAUGUUAUCAGCCUGCUGAACGUCUUUCAUCCACCAGCGCACAACAUGAUGGAUUUUCAGCAGGUUUACUUGGUGACUCACCUGAUGGACGCGGACCUGCACAGGUACUCGCGUUCGAAAAGGAUGAGCGAUCAUGAGAUUAGGAUAAUCCUUUACCAAAUACUGCGGGGGCUGAAGUACAUACACAGUGCCGGGGUUGUUCAUCGUGACUUGAAGCCCUGCAAUAUCGCAGUUAAUGGAAAUAGCGAGGUGCGCAUACUUGACUUCGGUUUAUCCCGUAUGUGCGCCGACAAUAUGACGGACUAUGUGGGAACUCUGUGGUAUCGAGCUCCGGAAAUUAUCUUCCUCAGAGGUCAGUACACAAAGGCAAUCGACGUGUGGUCGGUUGGUUGCAUUCUGGCGGAACUUAUCACGGGGCGUGUCCUGUUCCCCGGUGAAAACUAUCCAAACCAAAUACGAUGUCUGAUUGACAUAAUCGGUACUCCGACGAGGGAGUUUAUCACCGGAAUAAGCAUGGAAAAAUCGCGUAGUUACCUGGAGAGGUACCCGUUACGCCAAAGGUGUGAUUUUCACCAUCGAUUUAUGGGUACCGAUGUCCAGGCCGUCGAUUUGAUGGAAAAAAUGCUCGAAAUGGUUCCCGAAAAACGCAUAACAGCUGCGGAAGCAAUGCUCCAUCCAUACCUUCGGGAUCUUAUUGAGCCACACCAUCAUGCCGAAGACACCGCACCAGUCUAUGAUCAGAACUUCGAAAACCUAGUGCUGCCUGUAAAAUGCUGGAAGGAACUUGUUGCCAACGAGAUUCGGAACUUCUGACCUAACCAACUUGAUGUGCAUUUUUAAAAUGUCUUAAUUAUAAUAAUGUAGAAGA